UAGUGCGGAAAAUGCCCGUGCGCCUAUUCGCCAACACCCCGAGCCUAAUUCAAGUGGAAGCGAAUGCCAACCCCCUCACAUGCAUAGCCCCGAUCCCCGUUACUGCUAGCUACACUGGCAACUGUCCCUGGUUCUUUCAAGCAUGUGCCGAUCUCCCUCUGUGCAAUGACGAAGAGGUUGCCGCAUUAACUGUGCAUACAGAGGAGUUAGACCUUUCUUUGGAAAUGCACAACAUACUGUCCGGUUGGAGAUGGCGUUCGUUCCAGGUUCCACUUACAGCGCCACAUACUCAGAAAUAUAGCACCCUAUUCAAAUAUAACUAUACUAUAUCCUUUGCAGAAUCACAAUAA